GUGGGCCCGCCCGCCUGCCCGCCCGCCCGCUCCGGCGCUCGCCCGCCCGCCCGCUCGCUCCAGGCCGGGUUUUGAAGCCGCCCGCCGCUGCCUCCUGGCGGCUCCUGAACUCCAGCCCCCUCUCGAUCAGCCGCUCACUCCGUCUCAAUAUGUCUCAAGAUGGCGGCCAAUGUGGGAUCGAUGUUUCAAUAUUGGAAGCGCUUUGAUUUACCGCAGCUGCAGAGGGAGCUCGAUGCUACAGCAACAGUAUUGGCCAACCGACAAGAUGAAAGUGAGCAGUCUCGGAAGAGGCUCAUUGAGCAAAGUCGAGAGUUCAAGAAAAACACUCCGGAGGAUUUGCGCAAGCAGGUAGCUCCUUUGUUGAAGAGUUUCCAAGGAGAGAUUGAUGCACUGAGUAAGAGAAGCAAAGAAGCCGAGGCCGCCUUCUUGAAUGUCUAUAAGAGACUAAUUGAUGUUCCAGAUCCGGUCCCAGCCCUGGACCUCGGGCAGCAGCUCCAGCUCAAGGUCCAGCGCAUGCACGAUAUUGAAACUGAAAACCAGAAGCUAAGGGAGACCCUGGAGGAAUACAACAAAGAGUUUGCUGAAGUGAAAAAUCAAGAGGUCACGAUCAAAGCACUUAAAGAGAAAAUCCGGGAAUAUGAGCAGACCCUGAAGAACCAAGCAGAGAACAUAGCUCUUGAGAAGGAGCAGAAGUUACAAAAUGACUUUGCAGAGAAGGAGAGAAAGUUGCAAGAAACACAGAUGUCUACCGCCUCCAAGCUGGAGGAAGCAGAGCAUAAAGUUCAAACUUUGCAGACAGCCCUGGAAAAAACUCGAACAGAAUUAUUUGACCUGAAAACCAAAUAUGAUGAAGAAACUACUGCAAAGGCCGACGAAAUUGAAAUGAUCAUGACCGACCUUGAAAGAGCAAAUCAGAGGGCAGAGGUGGCUCAGAGAGAGGCAGAGACCUUAAGGGAACAACUCUCGUCAGCUAACAAAUCUCUCCAGCUCGCCACGCAGAUCCAGAAGGCGCCCGAUGUGGAGCAGGCGAUAGAGGUACUGACUCGUUCCAGCUUGGAAGUUGAACUGGCCGCCAAGGAGCGGGAGAUCGCCCAGCUUGUAGAAGACGUUCAGCGACUCCAGGCCAGCCUGACAAAGCUCCGAGAGAACUCGGCCAGCCAGAUAUCCCAGCUUGAGCAGCAGCUGAGUGCCAAGAACAGCACACUCAAACAACUGGAAGAAAAACUGAAAGGACAGGCUGAUUAUGAAGAAGUGAAGAAAGAAUUAAACAUCCUGAAGUCCAUGGAAUUCGCACCAUCUGAAGGCGCUGGGACUCAGGAUGCGUCCAAGCCGCUGGAGGUCUUACUGCUGGAGAAGAACCGCUCUCUGCAGUCCGAGAAUGCCACCCUGCGAAUUACCAAUAGUGACCUGAGCGGGUCAGCCAGGAGAAAAGGGAAAGACCAGCCUGAGAAUCCGCGCCCUGGAGCUUUGCCGGCCUCCCCUCCUUCUCAGUUGCCCCGCAACCCAGGGGAGCAGGUUUCCAAUACUAAUGGUACACACCAGUUCUCACCAACGGGUUUAAGUCAAGACUUUUUCAGCUCAUCCCUGGCAAGCCCCAGCCUACCCCUGGCUUCUACAGGAAAAUUUGCACUAAACUCUCUCCUCCAGCGACAGCUAAUGCAGUCCUUCUACUCCAAGGCCAUGCAGGAAGCCGGAAGCACAAGCAUGAUUUUUCCAACAGGUCAAUACAGCACAAACUCCAUCCCCUCCCAAAGUCCAUUACAACAAAGCCCCGACGUAAACGGCCUGGCCCCGUCUCCCAGCCAGUCCGAAAGCGCCGGCAGCGUCUCCGAAGGCGAGGAGAUGGACACAGCCGAGAUUGCGCGCCAGGUGAAAGAACAGUUGAUCAAGCACAAUAUUGGACAGCGGAUAUUUGGACAUUAUGUCUUGGGACUGUCGCAAGGAUCCGUGAGCGAGAUCCUGGCCCGGCCAAAGCCGUGGAACAAGCUGACCGUGCGGGGCAAGGAGCCGUUCCACAAGAUGAAGCAGUUCCUGUCGGACGAGCAGAACAUCUUGGCUCUCCGGAGCAUCCAGGGCCGACAAAGAGAAAAUCCAGGCCAGAACCUGAACAGACUAUUUCAGGAAGUGCCGAAGCGAAGAAAUGGGUCUGAAGGGAAUAUCACAACUCGGGUCCGAACCACUGAAACUGGCUCAGACGAAGCCAUCAAGUCAAUUCUGGAGCAAGCCAAAAGGGAGCUGCAGGUGCAGAAAACAGCAGAGCCAGCCCAGCCAUCCUCGGCCUCGAGCAGCGGUAACUCAGACGAUGCCAUCCGCUCCAUCCUGCAGCAAGCCCGCCGAGAAAUGGAGGCCCAGCAAGCAGCCCUCGACCCUGCCUUAAAGCCAACGCCCUUGUCUCAAGCCGACAUCUCCAUCUUAUCCCCCAAAAUAAUCACCACCUCACCGAUGUCCUCAGUGUCCAGCUACUCUCCUUUGGCCAUCUCCCUGAAGAAGCACUCUUCGGCAGCAGAUUCCAGUAUCUCUGCUCUGCAGAACCUCUCAGGCCUCAAGAAGGAGGCUCAGGAGGCCCCCGUCUUAGAGCUUCACGGGGUAACAGACGCCGCACAAGGCGUGCUCAGACACGUUAAAAACGAGCUGGGCCGGGGCGGCGUCUGGAAGGACCAUUGGUGGAACGCUGUCCAGCACGAAAGGAGAAGCGCAGCUCCCCCCGAGGAGAUAAAGGGCGAGGAAAGCAGCAGCGGGAAGGAGAAGCCUAGCAGCAGUAACCAGCCCCGGCCAGACCGCAGCCAACUCCAAGGACCCUCUUCUUCUGAGUACUGGAAAGAGUGGCCGAGCGCGGAGUCGCCCUACUCCCAGAGCUCGGAGCUGAGCUUGACGGGAGCCAGCCGCAGCGAGACGCCCCAGAACAGCCCUCUUCCCUCCUCCCCCAUCGUGCCCCUGUCCAAGCCAUCCAAGCCCUCCGUCCCUCCACUGACGCCGGAGCAGUACGAGAUCUACAUGUACCAGGAGGUGGACACCAUAGAGCUGACGCGCCAGGUCAAAGAGAAGCUGGCCAAGAAUGGCAUCUGUCAAAGAAUCUUCGGGGAAAAGGUUUUGGGCCUCUCACAGGGCAGUGUCAGCGACAUGCUGUCAAGGCCGAAGCCGUGGAGUAAACUGACCCAGAAGGGCCGGGAACCCUUUAUUCGGAUGCAGCUGUGGCUCAACGGCGAGCUGGGCCAGUGCGUCCUGCCUGUGCAAGGGCAGCCAGCCGGACAAGUCCUCCACUCCGUGACGUCAUUGCAGGACUCCCUCCAGCAGGGCUGUGUGAGCUCAGACAGCACUCCAAAGACCUCAGCCAGUUGCAGCCCUGCCCCAGAAUCCCCAAUGAGCUCCAGUGAAUCGGUGAAGAGUUUAACAGAGCUGGUACAGCAGCCGUGCCCUGCCAUCGAAACAAGCAAGGACGGAAAAGUCCCCGAGCCUGGGGACCCUCCCACCUCCGACUCCCAGCCGACGACGCCUCUGCCACUCUCGGGACACUCGGCCCUCAGCAUCCAAGAGCUGGUCGCCAUGUCGCCCGAGUUAGACACAUACGGCAUCACCAAGAGGGUCAAAGAGGUGCUCACGGACAAUAACCUUGGUCAGCGUCUGUUUGGGGAGACAAUCUUGGGGCUCACCCAGGGCUCCGUCUCUGACCUUCUCGCUCGCCCCAAGCCCUGGCAUAAAUUGAGUUUGAAGGGAAGAGAGCCCUUCGUCCGGAUGCAGCUGUGGUUGAAUGAUCCCAACAAUGUGGAAAAGUUGAUGGACAUGAAGCGGAUGGAGAAGAAAGCCUACAUGAAGCGGAGGCACAGCUCGGUGAGCGACAGCCAGCCCUGUGAGCCCUCCUCGGUGGGCAUCGACUACAACCAGGGCGCCAGUCCCCAGCCCCAGCAUCAGCUGAAGAAGCCUCGCGUGGUGUUGGCACCGGAAGAGAAGGAAGCACUCAAACGAGCCUAUCAGCAAAAGCCAUACCCAUCACCGAAAACCAUUGAAGAACUCGCCACCCAGCUCAACCUGAAAACCAGCACCGUGAUCAACUGGUUCCAUAACUACAGGUCUCGCAUCCGCAGAGAACUAUUCAUUGAAGAAAUCCAAGCAGGAAGCCAGAGCCAGGCUGGGGCCAGUGACUCGCCGUCAGCGAGGAGCAGCCGGGCAGCUCACAGCUCAGAGGGGGACAGCUGCGACGGCGUGGACACGGAAGGCCCACCCGAAGGGAAGAUGAGCGCCAGCGUCCCAGAAGCGUCGGAGGAAGCCAGCGAUGCAGCCACAAAGUCUCAGGGAGGGCAGGCAGAGGCGGAGGAGGAAGUGGGCGGGGAGGCCCAGCAGCUUGCUAAGUCUUCAGAGAAAACGGAGUCAUUCCAUUUGGGAAUGGAGACCCUGGCCGAGACCGAGGACGAGGGCCGGCCCAAAGGGCCGCGUCGGAGCUCUCCGCCAGGGUCUCACAGUUCAGGAGAACCUCUGGAGGCCCCGCCAAACUCUGCUCCAGAAGAGGAUGCCUCUACCUCAGCUGCCUCCGCCACGGUCCCCGCCGGGGAGAGCCCCUACAAGCCGAAAGAGAGCGCGGAGAAAAGUCCCAAUUUGCCAAGUACCAGCUCCACCCCAUCCGGCCCGGGCCCCCAAAAAACCAACUCCCUUCAGAGCCUGUUCAGCUUUCCCGAGGCCGCCGGCUCCAAAAGCACUCGAGACAACAGCCUGAGGAAAAAGAAGGCGGCCAACUUGAACAGCAUCAUCCACCGGCUAGAGAAGGCCGCCAGCCGGGAGGAGCCCGCCGAGUGGGAGUUCUGAGAGGAGAGCUGGGCAGGCGGGACUGGACCUCCCUGGCGGGCUGGCGCUGCUUGGGUUGCGCACUUACCGCCCUGCAGGCCACAGGGCAAAAUCGCCAUAGGCCAAGGUGCAUAUAGAAAACAGAAGGGGCGCUGAGCCCAUUUACGUUGCGUUUUCGAGGAAGAAAACAGAUGUGUAGUCAAGCCUUUUUGUACCCUCAAGUGUUUUUUUUAUUGCCCUAAGUGAUUUCCACAGUUUCUGGAAUAACUCUUACAGCCUUUGCCUUGUGCCCUCGUCUUUCGUGUGGGCUUUUAAAAAAAAAAUCAAACCCACAGAUUAAAAGGGGGCUUUUUAUCUGCCAUCUAAUGGCUUCAGAGCGAUAAUACACUAUUAUCUUCUUAAACCAGGAAAAAAUGGGGGGGGGAAUUUUUCAGAAAAGUUUAAAAAAAAAGAAAGUUUUUGUAGCUGUCCAGUUGCCACUAAGAGAUUGCACAGUCAAACCGACUCUAAACACACUAGUUUGGAUUCCUAAAUAUUUUCAAGAAAAGAAUCUUCUUGUUUGAAACUUUGAAUUUAAAAAAAAAACACAUUUACUCCACAUAUUUUUUAACAAAAGAAAAAAAAAGUCACAUCAGGAAAAUAUCGUGGUUUGUGGUAGCUGACGGGCGGGCGGGCGUCGUGUUUUCUGUGAGUGACGAUAGAACCUUGACACGUAGUGCACAUGACUCCAUAGCUUUAACCAAUUCUGGGCUUUUGCAGACCAGGGUUUGUUUAAUACACUCCAUUUUAGGCCAAAUCAGGACAAAAAAAAUCGGAAUCUAGGUAUUUUCUAAUCUGCUUUUUAACCUCUAACGGCAGAGCACGCUGAUCAGACCUCAUAUCUGGGAGGUUUCGGAGACAAGUUAGAACCGCAGCAUGUACUUGAUGGUUUUGUGUAAUUUAUAGCGUCUGCGUGUUUUGUUUGCCUGCGUGUGUGUGUGUGUGCACGGGUGUGUGUGUGUGCACGGGUGUAUGUGUGUGCACGGGUGUAUGUGUGUGCGCGCUUUGGAAAAGAACGAGGGAAAAGAGUUGGCCAGUAACAUUUCAGCAUGCAGCUCGGGGGCCCUUGGGUACAAUGUGAGGUGCCCAGGGGAACUGGGAAAGGGUUCUGUUCCUUGUCGAUGGAGGUCUUUCCUUGUUGGAGAUGGUAUCAGAUACCACUCUCACUGAGCUGAAGCCUGCCUCAAGAUGAAGAUAGCUCCCUUGGUGUCAUAUUCUCAUUCAUUCUCUCUCUCUCUCUCUCUCUCUCUCUCUCUCUCUCUCUCUCUCUC